UCAGCGUGUAUAUGGUAAAAAUUAUGUGUUUGUAUUGGUGAGACGUGACGUUGGCGAUCGUCACAUGGCCUUCACGGGUGCUUGCUCUACGUGUUCGCAGUUCGCUUAGCCGUCCGGUCAAACAAUAAUAAUGAGUUGAGAUUUAACCAACCAGCAUUUUUACAAUGGCUUUUAAAUGAUCAAUAAAUAAUAUUAUGUAAACUAAUUUCUAUUUAUACCUACUUAAUAUCAAGUAAAACCUAGGUUGCGAUGAAACCUCAAACUAUGUAAAUAUAAUGAAAAACAAUCAAAAACCCAUCAAUCAACGCUGCGUCAUAUUUAAAGAUCACAAGAAUAAACAACAUAAAUAGCGUGUAAAUAUCACUGCCACCAAAUAGAUAAUUAAUAUUUACUGUACCUAUCAAUAUAUUUGAAACUAUGAGUCAUUCGAUGAGCAGUCCAAGAAAUAUACAAUUAGUGUUUGAGACCUACCAAAAGGCUCGUCUUGUAUUUGUUCAGACGAUGGCAGAAUUAGCCACAAGAGCUACUAACGUUAAAUGUCUUGAAAGCGCCGGUGUGUUGGAGUUGCUGCGACCUCUUUUGUCGGACGCAUGUAGCACCGUUCGCCAAUGCGCAGUAGUUGCUGUCGCGAGACUUGGUGAACACGACGAAGGAGUGGCGAGACAACUACUCAAUGGAGGCAUGGUUACAAUCACAUUGGAAAAUCUUAACAAAUAUAACGUGUACUAUAAACGUUCAGCUCUGUACCUCAUAAGAGCCGUUGCGAAACAUAACGAAGAGUUAGCCAGUGCAAUUGUGCGGUUAGGAGCUCUAGAGCACAUCGUGUCUUGCCUUGAAGAUUUUGAUACACAGGUAAAAGAGAAUGCUGCAUGGGCCUUAGGAUACAUUGGGAAGCAUAGCGAGCAUUUGGCCGGAUUGGUGGUUGACGCAGGCACAUUACCUCUUCUGGUUUUGGCUUUUCAAGAACCUGAAAUGAGCCUUAAACAGAUAGCAGCCGGUGCUCUUGUUGACUUAGCACAACACAAACCCGAAGCAGUUGUCGACGCGGGUGCUAUUUGUCAUUUAGUUCGCGGAUUGGAAAAUCAAGACCCUAAACUUAAGCGCAGCACUCUAUGUGCAUUGGGCGCGGUGGCUGGAUCGAGGUCAGAGCUGGCCGAGGCGGUGGUUGCCGGUGGAGCGUUGCCGCCUGCACUGCUGCACGCCGGCCAUGACGCUGCUCCCGUGAGACGGGCCGCCGCCUGCCUCCUUCGAGAUAUUGUCAAACAUUCUGUUGAUUUAGCCCAACUCGUGGUGAAUACUGGUGGAUGCGGUCCAUUAGUGGAGCUUCUAGGAGAGACAACGGGUGGCACACGGGUGCCUGCUUGUAUGGCACUUGGAUUUAUCGCCGGACAGUCGGACCAACUGGCUAUGGCUGUGAUAGAGUCCAAGGCUAUUCCCGCGUUGGUCGAAAUCCUUCAAAAUUGUGAAGCUGAAGAUGCGGACUUAUGUGCUGCUGCUUGGACCCUUGGACACAUAGCAAAGCAUUCGCCUCAGCACAGCCUCGCGGUCGCUGUAGCCAAUGCCUUUCCACGACUUCUGCAGUUAUACACAAACCCAAAGUCAUCGGGGGAGGUGCGCGCACGCACGUCUUGUGCCCUAAAACAAGCUCUACAAUGUUGCCUGCACCGGCCUGCAUUGGAGCCGUUAUUGCAUGCCGCCCCAGCAUGCAUCCUCAAGUAUGUACUGGCGCAAUACGCAAAGAUAUUACCGAAUGAUGCAAGAGCUAGAAGAUUAUUCGUGACAACAGGCGCGUUAAAACGAGUGCAAGAAAUAGAUACCGUUCCGGGGACUUCUCUCAAAGAAUAUAUAAAUAUUAUCAACAGCUGCUUCCCAGAAGAAAUAGUGCGGUAUUAUACUCCAGGAUAUUCGGAGUCAUUGCUCGAUCGAGUUGAAGCUUACACACCACAGAUUCCAGAACUUUUCACCGACCGAGUGCCUAGCGACUGCCAAAGCGAGUUGACAAUAGAGAACGGAAAUUAAAAGUGUUUUAAAAGCUUUUAUUAGAAUUUAAUAAAAAUAUAUUUUAUACAA